AUGAAAAUCGAGAAAAGAAAUCAGAAGAGCAAAAGAGAUGACAACAACGAGAGACGGGACGAGAGACUAAUAGAAGAAAUAAGGAAGCAGAGACGAGUUAAUGACGGUAAAGACAUGAAAAUGAAAGACAAGGGAAUACAAGCAAGAGAAUGGAGAAGAGGAAAAGCGAGAGGAAAAGAGGAAUGCAAUAAGGGACAACUAAAAGUGAAUAAGGAAGAAAGAAAGCGAGAGAAGAAAGCACCAAG